GAGGAUUUGUAAGGGUGUCCUGCACAGGACCGAAGUUUAACAAAACCACACUGGAAAUGCAGAUACAAUAUGCUUUAGGGUCUCUUGAAGACAGUUGCAUAAAUUCAAUGUGAAGGUGUUGUGCUUUUGCCAGAAAAAGAGAUGGCUGUUAAGGCUGCCAUCAUGAACUCGCAGUUCUUAAACUUCUGUUUUCCUGGCUCGGUCAUGGAUUACGAGGUGGAAAAUUAUCUGGAAGGGGGUCUUCUGAGUGAGGAAGUUUGCGAGGGGGAUUUUAGGGAGACCACUAGUGACCUGCUUAGCUUCAUUGACUCGGCUUCCAGCAACAUCAAACUUGCACUGGACAAACCUGUCAAGUCCAAGAGGAAGGUCAACCACCGCAAGUACCUGCAGAAGCAGAUAAAGAGGUGCACAGGGAUCAUAUCACCUGGAGCCUCUCAAGUUCAAGAGCCUUGCAAGAGGCAAAGCUUGCCCCAGACCUCAACAAGCAACCUGUCCAGCAAAACAACACCUAAGAAGGAUGGGAUACAGGCCAACCUGCAAAGCAAGAGUCUGGCUGCCCUCUUCAACCCAGCGAAGGAUGUACGAGGAGAGAGGGCCAAGAAGCCCCUGCUGCGGCAUCGAAACCUUCCUCCAUCCUUCUUCACAGAGCCGGCCAACAGCUCCAGAGUUACAUCUACUUCUGGCAUGUCUCUCAAAGACCUGAAGCGAGGGACUCCAGAAGCAGCAGAGUUUUUGGAGCUUCUUGGACCCGAUUACAGCAACAUGGUCUCAGAGCAGGAUUUAUUCCACACCACACCAAUCAGGAUUCAGCAGGAGGUGACCAUGGGCCCUGAGCCAUAUGACUCCCACCAUUUUGUAACCGGUGGUUUUUUGUACACAGAACCUUGGGGAACUUGUAGCAGCACCUCCAAGAAGUCGACAGACAUGCAAACGGUACCUGCACAGCUAAACCUUUAUAGUCACAUGGACCUUUCUAGCAGCAUGCCUGUGGAACAGAGCUCACCAUGUGCACUUACUUUUUCAAAUUUCCUUACAGACUGCUCCACACCUCCAGGUUCUUAUGAUCUGGCAAAUGGAUACAACCGAGCAAGCUUUUCUUCUCAUUAAGUCAGAAUCUUUUUGUUCCUUAGACAUUUGAACAAAAACACUUUUAAAUUUUGAGCUACCAAUAUGUCACUGCCUAUAUAAUGCCUUAAAACCAGCUAAUGGAUCAGAUUAAAAAUAUGUGUAUCUAAGAAUGGUUAUCCAACAUUUAUUAAAAGACAUCUUGUAUUACAGAUUUCUAAUAAUAAAUUAACAAAACUUUGUGUAAAUGGAAGAAAGUAGAGCAACAAAAAAGUUGUUUUCUUAGGACCUCUUAAUAUUUAGCAAUUAUAUUGAUUUAUAUGUAAAAACUAUUUGAAACAAUAGCUUCGCAAAGAGCUGAUCUCAGAGUUUCUGCCUUGUCAAAAGCUAAAUAGUCAAAUCACAUGGAGUAUGAAGUUCUUAAGCCACCUAAAAUACAUGACUUUAUUUACAAGACAAUUUGAAUUAAGAUUUUUUUAUCAUAGUUAAUUUCACUUAGUCAUUUUACUGUAAUUUUUAAAUUAAAUUCCUAAUUUGUCCCAAACAGAUUAAACACAGUUGUGAUUCAUCUCUCAAAAUACAUACAGUCUUAAUGUUUAAGUAUAUAUUUGAUAUUUUAUCAUUUAAAAUAAUCCAAUCUUUUUUUUUGUCAGAUAUUUUGUGCUUGUGCUGUUUAAAAAAAAAAAACAAAUACCACUUUAAUUAUGUAUUUAAUGCCAUUACAUGUAAAUCUGACGUGUUUUAAGUGUAAAAAUACUCAUGCAACAUAAUGCAGUACUGGCAAUCAAGACAAUCUAUAUGCAUUCUUAUUUCUAUCACAUUGUUCACUAAUAGCUUAUUGUUUGUUGAAUGCUUUACAUGCAAUACUAGAUUUGCACAUCUGCAGUAAAUACAAUUCUUUCAAUUCCCUUAAGGUAAAUAAUUGAACAUGGUUUUGGUUUAGAUUUGGCUUUUGACGUUUCUUGGUAUUCUGGAAGAAAUGUAAAACAAUAUUUGUGUAAAAUUGAAAUGGGGAUAAAGGAGGAGGAGGUAAAAUUUUACAAAAUAAACUAUAUUAUGUAUUGGUAAAACUGCAUCCAAGUUGCACAAAUAAUUAUAAAAAUUAUAAAAGCAGAAACCACACAACAGUGUUUUAUAACAAUAUGGCUUUAUGUCAGUUUUAGAUAGAUAAUUAAAUUAGGAAUAAGACACUACAGCUAACAAAUCAUUUUUUGUAUUGUUGUAGUCUCUAAUUAAUGUUUUUUUUUAUGUUGGAAGUGUCAGCAAAGUGUAACAAUUUGUGUUGGUACAGUAAAACUAGUACAUACUCCACAUUAUCUGCAGUAAAAUUUUUUCCUGUAUUUAGUUUGUCUGACAUUUGUAUUUUCAAGAAUUGAAUUGAAUACUUAUUGUAUAUUUACUAGUAACAAAUCACACACCUAAAUCUUUGGACAACAGGGGCACUGAAUGAAAGUUUUGUUUGGUCAUAAAGUAAUGGGACAAAAUAAAGCUGGUCUUUAUGUCUAUUACAUCAUUAAUAUGCCUUUGCAUGUUUUUUUUAAUAUUUACUUGUUUUUGAGGUUGUUUUUUUAUCAUAAGCUGCGGGCAUGUUAAUGAUAACAAUGCUGGUCAUUUUUUAAAAUCUACUUUUAAUGAAGGGAUUUCUGAUAGCAAACAAAAGGUUUAACUCUAAUCUCAAGUUAUGGCACCCUCUGUUGGCUAAAAGAGACAUUUAUAUUAAUGUGACUAGUUCAUUGUGUUUUGUUUUAA